UUCAUACUAUAUUUGAUUAUUCAAUUGUUUCAGUGCAGCAAAAUAUAUAUAGAGUGAUCCACAAUGUGCGUUUUAUAUAUAUAUAUAUCGUAAUUAACAAACAAUAUUCAACGGACAUCGGGCAUAAUCAUGGGUUUCAUCAAUAAUUGCAUCUUUGUCAAAGACAUUUACACAAACUUCUGAUAUGGAGGAAUCUGAUGGAAAGAUGAACCCGAAUAAAACCUGCGAGAAGUCCUUUACAGAAGAAUCUUUUUUGGAAAUACAUAAAGGUAGUCACAGAAAAAAACACUUUCAUGUCCACACUGAUGGAAAACCAUAUUCUUGUGAACAAUGCGGAAAAUGUUUCCGACAAAAAUGUAAUCUACAAGUCCACACAAAAACUCAUGGUGGAGAUAAACCGUAUGUUUGUAAUCAUUGUGGCAAGUGUUUCAGGCGAAAAGGGCAGUUACAGACGCAUGAAAGAAUCCAUACAGGAAAGAAACCUUUUGUCUGUAAAGAAUGUCAGAAGUCAUGGAAUUCGAAACAAGAAUUACAUUGUCAUAUUCGAUGCCACACUGGAGAGAAACCGUUCAAUUGUAAUGAUUGUGGAAAGUGUUUUUCGCAGCAGUCGAACUUAAAGGCUCAUAUUCGAACCCAUACUGGCGAAAAGCCCUACAUAUGUAAACAUUGUGGAAAAUGUUUCAAGCAAAAUUCUAACUUACGAAGACAUGUUCAAACCCAUACUGGAGAAAAAUCAUAUUCUUGUGACCAAUGUGGAAAAUUAUUUCAACUAAAAUGGAAUCUACAGGCUCAUGUGCAAAUGCAUUAUGGACAUAAACCAUAUGUUUGCAGACAUUGUGGUAAGCGCUUCAGUCACAAAAAUUACUCACAGAUUCAUGAAAGGAUCCAUACUGAAGAGAAACCUUAUGUUUGUGAUAAAUGCAAGAAGGCCUUCAAAUUUAAAACAGAUUUGAAAUGUCAUGUUCGAACCCAUACUGGAGAAAAACCAUACAAAUGUAAAUAUUGUGAAAGGUGUUUUUCCUGUCAUUCUAGCUUGAAAAACCAUAUUCGAAUCCAUACUGGAGAAAAGCCAUAUUCUUGUGAUCAAUGUGGAAAAUAUUUUCGAACGAGAAGUAAUCUACGGACACAUACACAAAUACAUGACAGAGAUGAACCAUAUGCUUGUAAAUAUUGUGGUAGGCGCUUCAGGCUCAAAAAUUACUUACAGAAGCAUGAAAAGAUCCAUACUGUCAAGAAACCUUUUAGUUGUGAGCAAUGUAAGAAAUCUUUCAAAACUCCAGAAGAAUUAAAACGCCAUAUUCAAAUUCAUACUAGACAAAAAUCAUACAUCUGUCAACAAUGUGGAAAGUGUUUUUCAAACAAUUAUAACUUGAAAAGGCAUAUACGAACUCAUUCUGUAUAGGAGCCGUAACCUGCCAUAUCCUAUGCUAAAACAAUGUAUUAGACUCCACACACCCACGUAUUUUUUUUUCAAUUUAUUUCAAUUUGAGGUUCGGGGUAAGCGGGCACAUCUUUUUUUUUUUUUUUAUCCUGCUCUCUUGUUUUGCCCUUUGCUUCUUUGGUUUGUUGUAACGGAAACUUGAAAAAGAAAGUCACCUACAUAUUGAGGUAAAUGCAAGGAUGGAUCUACUUAAUAUUCUAUGCAACUAAUAGUUCACUCAAUUCCGAGUUUCCAUUACUCAAAUAUAAAAGAAGUCGCCAGAAGGCUAUUACUCAAGUCCAACGAGAGCCAUGAUUUCACCCAAAACCUUGUUUCCAAACUUAGGAUGAUAUUUUGAAAUCGAUAAUUCUAAUCUAGAAUGCAUCAUGUUUUUUAUAUUUUCAUGCCAAGCACAAAAUUGGUGCGUAUCCAAUAGACAGGGUGUAUAUGAUGUUGCAUGGACCAGAUAACAGUCCAGAUAACAUCAAACUUUUUCCAAUACCAAAAAGUUCGCUGGAAAACUAUUUUAUGUAUUUAAAAAAAA